AACCACAUUACCCUAGCAACCUUACAGCAUUACAAAAUAUCAGCACUUGAAUAAAUCAAAGAUGGACUCUUUGUUCUCUGAAAGCAAGUCCAACAUGUCUGAUGCUCGCCUCACAGUUUCAUUAGACAUUAUGUAGUUAUUUUUUUGCUCCUGCGUUCCAUCACUUGUUUAUAUCUUUGUUUCAAACUCCUGUAAAAGCAACAGUUGUUUAUUUCUUUCGUUCCGCCUCUAGCGGGUCCAAAGUAGUACAGCAGUGGUUCAGCCAUUGGAAGUAGGCGGGGAAAGGCGAGUGAUGCUGCCACACAGAGCCCCUUCCCCUCCCUCUCGCGCGCGCUCCAGCUCCGUGGCCCGACUCUGUGCUCUGCUCCGGAGUGAAGGAUCCCGCUUUGUUGAGAAGGUGUUCCAAAACACGCGGGCGAAUCCGAACGCGAACACGCACACCGGCCCGUGGAACGCGGCUUCAUCAAAAUAUGUGCACUGUCUCUUUAAGAUCCCUUCUCUGGUCCGCUUCGUAUUGAUCAAUCCACCAUUUUCCAGCGCACAGCACUGAGCGGCGGCGGCAGAGAGAGAAAGCCCUACCUGGAGACGCCAGGCAGGACCGGGGGCAGAGUCAUGGCAGCCAACAUGUACCGGGUCGGAGAUUAUGUUUAUUUCGAAAACUCCUCCAGUAACCCACUGCUGAUCAGGCGAAUAGAGGAACUCAACAAGACGGCGAAUGGGAACGUGGAGGCCAAAGUGGUGUGUUUCUACCGCCGCAGAGACAUUUCCGCAACACUCAUCGCCCUCGCUGACAAACAUGCACGAGAGAUGGAAGAGGAGAUGGAGAACCCUGAGAUGGUGGAUCUCCCAGAGAAGCAGAAGCAUCAGCUGAGACACAGAGAACUCUUUCUCUCCAGACAGUUGGAAUCUCUGCCCGCGACACACAUCAGGGGGAAAUGCUGUGUUACUCUUCUGAAUGAGACGGAAGCCCUCAAAUCCUAUUUAGACAGAGAGGAUGCCUUUUUCUACUCGCUGGUGUACGACCCACAGCAAAAGACUCUGCUGGCUGAUAAGGGAGAGAUCAGAGUGGGAAACAAGUACCAGGCUGACAUCACUGACCUCCUCAAAGAGGGAGAGGAGGAUGAUCGGGAGCUGGAGAAACUGGAGGAGAAGGUGUGGGAUCCCAGCAACCCCCUCACCGAGAAACAGAUCGACCAGUUCCUCGUCGUGGCUCGGUCUGUGGGCACGUUUGCGCGGGCUCUAGACUGCAGCAGUUCAGUUCGGCAGCCCAGUCUGCACAUGAGCGCUGCAGCAGCCUCCAGAGAUAUCACACUGUUUCACGCCAUGGACACGUUGCAUAAGAACGGCUACGAUAUGACGCGGGCCAUCGCAGCGCUGGUACCUCAGGGCGGACCUGUGCUCUGCCGGGACGAAAUGGAGGAAUGGAGUGCAUCCGAAGCUAACCUAUUUGAAGAAGCGCUGGAGAAAUACGGCAAAGACUUCACUGAUAUUCAGCAGGACUUUCUUCCGUGGAAGUCUCUGACCAGCAUCAUUGAAUAUUACUACAUGUGGAAGACCACAGACAGAUACGUUCAGCAGAAACGAUUAAAAGCAGCUGAAGCGGAGAGCAAGUUAAAGCAGGUUUACAUCCCAAAUUACAACAAGCCCAAUCCUAACCAGCUGAGUGUGAACAGUGUUAAGCCUGGGCUGGUGAAUGGAGCGGGGGCUCUUCCGGGAGCUCCAGGACAGCCGGUCGGAUUGGGGCGAGCUUGCGAGAGCUGCUACAGUGAGUCCACCAGCUCGUAUCAGUGGUACUCGUGGGGUCCUCCCAACAUGCAGUGCCGACUCUGUGCCUCCUGCUGGACCUACUGGAAAAAGUACGGAGGUCUGAAGAUGCCAACCAGACUAGAUGGAGAGCGGCCCGGACCCAACCGCAACAACAUGAGUCCUCACGGUUUGCCCGUGAGACACAGCGGAAGCCCCAAGUUUGCCGUUAAGACCAGGCAGGCUUUCUACCUGCACACGUCUCAGAUGACGAAAGCCGCUCGACGCGUCUGCCAGGACCUGCUGAGAUCCAAAUACUUGGCCAGACACCCGUACACACCUGUCAACACCAUCGCUAUCAAAGCUGAGUGUGCUGUGCGGUUGCCAGAUAUGUCCAAAAAACCUGCAUCUCUAAAGCAGACAGUAAGGAAGCCUUUAGAGUCUGUGGUUAGAUAUCUCGAGGCGCACCCUCUCCCGCCCAAAGCAGACCCUCCACGAGGAGUCACCAUUUCCACAGGCAGCCUGACGCCCAUUAAAUCCACACCCAUCCUCAACAACGGCUCGCCGACCAUCCUGGGCAAGCGCAACUACGAGCAGCACAACGGCUUGGAUGGGUCCAAACCCAAAGUCCUGGCUCCUCAGUGGGAGAUAAUGGCCAAGAGGAUGUCUGAAGCUGGCCGGACUCCCUCUGUCCUGCAGGAUGAGGUUCACGAACUAGACUGACCUCUGCUUUGACAUUUGACUGCUAUACUCCAACCAGAUGAGCAGCUCUCAGUGACGGAUGGACCUAAGAAAACAUCUGCGGUCAGAAUGCCCUGUCUGAGAGGCCCAUUUUCUUUUUUUUUUUUGUUUUUUUUUUUUUUACAGCUGAAGCCAUUGUAAAGACUGCAACGCCCUGACGUCUCCAUGGGUUUUCAACAGCCUGUGGACAUUCACAGGACUGACCUGAUUGUACAGGACUGAUUAUUACUACUACUAUUAUUAUUAUUAUUAUAAUUAUUAUUAUUGUUUACCAUCGGCUGUUACUUCUGUCAUUGUAAUUAUUAUUAUAAUUAUUACAAUUAUUAUUACUGCUCUCUUUUUUUAUCAAGUAUAACCAUUUUCUUUAUAAUGACUUGAGAAAAUGUAUGAAUCUUGAACGUUUCUUGAAAUGGCUUGCGCCCAUAGUGUAUAGGUGGGACAAGCUGCUGUUAUUAUUAUUAUUAUUAUGAUUUUUUUUGUCUCUUGCGUUGUUUUGUAACAUGUCAGCUCUGUGCCGACGUGAAGGACUUUAUGACUUCAGUGUCUCGCCGUUUGGAUGCUUGUAUUCGCCGGUUCUGUUGGCCCCGUCCUGCCUCAGCGGUUUAAAUUAUUCAGAAAGACAACAGAACGUUCUUUUUCUACCUUUUUCACAAGUAUUGCGACUGCUUCUAUAUGUAAUUUCUCUUUUGUGAAUAUGUAAAUGAAAACAGGAGGGGAGGCGUUAUUGUACAGUGGUGCAUUUUGGGCCUUCGGCGGAUAUCAAAGCUUGUUGUAAUGGAUUUGCCAUGCACAGCGCAUUCUUUGAAAUGUCUUUUUUUGUAAGGAAACCUCCCAACGCUCUCUCUUGCAUAUACGGAGGGGCGGCGGGAACUCUGAAAAGGUACUACUCCAUUAAUACAAUGAUGCACCUUCUCAAGAAUGAGCCUGGA